AUGGAGGAAUUUUUAACUUUACACAUUUCCUCUACCCAAUAUGAAAUUGCCUUGGUUAUUCAGAACACAUACCUAGAGAUUUUAAAACAAAUUUUACACUUUAAAUCAUUUCAUUUCAUUCUUUACUCUAGGGUUGAAGUUUAUCCCCAGUUCUUGCUUUUUCUGUUGCUUGGAGGAUUGGAACAUCCCGUGUUAACUUCUGCAGCAGGACUUGUCUGGAUUGUUAGUAGAUUCUUCUAUGCCCAUGGAUACUACACUGGAGAUCCCGAGAAGCGCUUGCGUGGUAGCUUUGGUUACUUGGGUUUCUUCACCAUGCUUGGAUGCACUGUGAAGCUGGGACUUCGCUUGCUGGGUUAUUUCUAAACCAGUGUAUCAUCCUCAAGAACAUAUAUCAUACUACAUUCGUUUCCUGACUCGCCUGUUUGUUUCACCAGAACAAUUCAACCACUAUAGAUAAUCCCCACAAUGAAAUGAAUACUUGUAUUUUUUUAUCAGUAGGAAUUCGUAGGUCUUCAAUUGUAUUCAAUUAGUACCAGAUUAGUUAGCUUUUUUACAAUUUUUGUAUUUCUGAUUUAAACUAGAUAGUAAACGUACAAUGUAAACUUAAGAAAUCAUCAAACCAAUGAAUAAUUUAGGUUUAAGAAACCAUCAAUGCAAACCAAUGAAAUAAAGUAGACAGAUCUACCGGUAA